AUGGAUCCUUCUCUGAAUUAUCCUCAAAUCUACAAAGCUCUUAGCAUUGAUGUUAAGAAGAAAUUAAGCGAGAUAAAUAAGUGCGACGAACAGGCUACUGACUAUGCUAGUUUAGCGGCAGUCUUUUUACUGGGCAAAGCAAAAUGUGAAUUCGCUGCUAAAAAUCUGACUUCUGAAGCAUCAACAUUAUUUACAGCUGCAAAAUAUUUUAUACAAGCUGAUGAUAAAUUGGUUUCAACUAAUUCUAUUAAUUAUGAGGAUAAUUUAAAUUGCGCGAUUCUUUGUUUAUUAAGAGCAGCAAGAAUCUAUGAAUUGAAUGAACUUUUCACAUUAGCGACAAACGUUUACAUUUAUCUGGUGGAUACGUUAAUGAGACGAUAUAAAUUUCAUCAAUCUAUACCUUAUAUAAAACGAUCUAUAGAAAUUGUAUCCAAAGAUAUACUAUUAAGUUUAGAAUUAUAUAAACGUUUAAGUUAUUGUCAAUUAUAUAUACAUGAUUGGCCUGGUGCAUUAUAUACUUUUAUAUGUAUACAAAAUUUAACAAGAAAAGAAUUGACAUUGAAUUCAUUUGAUCUAUAUAUACAAUAUUGGAGUAUAUCUGAAAUAUUUCGAGUAUUACUUAUACUUCUAUGUAUGCCUUCCUAUAGAUUACAUAAUCUUGAUUCAUCGGAUUAUUCUUUAAAACAAUAUGAUAUUAUUGUAACUGAUGAAAAAGUUGAAGAUUUAUUCAAAUUAUCUACAUUGAAUUCUGUUUACAUGGAUAAUAAUUUAUUUAUUCUAUUACAGUCUUUUGUGUUGGCACAUCAAUCAAAAGAUAUUUUAGAAUUAGAAUCACUUUCAGUUAUGCUUCAAUCAUUUGUAAAUUUGGAACAGCGUGAAUUAAUUAGUUUAAUUCUUCGUGAAAUAAUUGUGGUUACAUCGUGA